AUGUGCAACCCUCUCCUCGCUCUGCCCCACCUCUCCGCACUCAGCCUCACAUCUCCCCCUUCUGCCCCAACUCCCCUCUCCUGCCUCACCUCUCCGUUGGCUUCCCCGCCUGCCUCCGCGCCCAUGGUCUUGACCACAGGCGGACGAGGGUGUUCAAGCGGGUGGCGUGGAGGAGGAUGGGUGGCCGGUGAUGGGCGGGGUGAGGUGGAGGGGGUGUGCGGGACGAGCCACUGCACUGCCUGCUGCCAUGGCUCCAAAUGCCUCCUUUUGUUCAUGCAUGCUUUUCGUGCUAACCUGCCCGCCAUCUGCUCUACUGUGUGCGCAGCCGGCAGAGGAGGGGAGGACCAGGGGGGCUAUUUGGUGGUGCAGCUGGCAGGGGGACUCAACCAGAUGCGCGCAGGGAUCUGUGACGCGGUGGUGGUGGCAAAGCUGCUGGGAGCGUCGCUGAUGCUGCCGUUGUUGGAUAACUCCUCCUGGUGGGCCGACGGCAGCACAUUUGCGGACGUGUUUGACGCGGGGCACUUUGCGCGGGUGCUGGCGCCGUGGGUGCGCGUGGUGGACCGCCUGCCCUCCGCGCUGCGCCACCGCCCCCCCCUUGACCGCACCGUGCCGCGCGGCUCCACUGCUGAGUACUACGAGACGCGCGUCAGAGCGAUGAUCAGAAAGGCGCAGGUGCUGAAGCUGAACCAUUUUGAUUCCAGGCUGCAUGAUGACCUCCCGUUACACCUGCAGAAGCUGCGCUGCGUGGCAAACUACGAGGCGCUGCGCUUCGUGCCGGCGGUCACGCAAGCCGUCACGCGCCUCACCCACGCGCUCACCCACCCCUCCGCCACAGCCGCCACCACUGCCCUUGACCCCGCUGCUCAGGCCGGCCGUGCUGCAGCAGCAGCGCAAGGCGCACAAGGGCAGCGGGGAGAGAGGGAGCAGGUGGGGAGAGAGAGGGAGCAGGUUGAGGGAGGGAUGCAGGCGAAGGGGAGUGGCGGCCCGGUCAAGUACGAGCCGGACAUGCUGGCGUUCACGGGGUGCGAGUACGAGGGGGGCGCGGAGGAGAAGGCGCUGUUUGAGUCCAUCCGACGGCGCUGGGCCAACCUGCCCGCCAUGGACGCUGAGAAGCAGAGGGCCAAGGGCAUGUGCAUCGUCACCCCCUCCCAGGCAUUCGGCAUUGAGUGCAGCACGCUCUCUACCACUGCAAUGCCACCCACUGCCACAACCAUCCACCCUCUCACCUCUUUUCAACCCCUCCCACCCCUCUCCCCUGCAUGCCCAUGUCCGCAGGUGGCAGUGGCCUUGCAGGCGCUGGGCUUGCCACCGUCCACGCGCGUGUACAUCGCGUCGGGGGCGCUGCACGGUGGGCCGGCGGCGCUGCAGCCGCUGCUGCACGCCUACCCCUUCACCACGGACAAGCACUCCCUCGCACACUCCCACGCCAUGGCCCACGCCCGCACAGGGGGGCGUGACGAUGACGACGAUGAGGGGGAUGAGGCAUGGGGUGCGGGUGGGGGCGGGAGCGGGGAAGAGGGGGUGAGAGGGGAGGGGGGAGGGGCGUUGGCAGGGGUGGAGAGGCGCAAGACGCUGCUGGCGGCGGUGGACUAUGAGAUGUGUCGCGGGGCAGCGCUGCUCGUCACCAACAACAAUGGCAACAUGGCCCACCUGCUAGCGGGCCACAGAAGGUACAACGGGGUGGGCGGCACGGUGCACCUCUUUGGCUCUUCCAUCCACCGCCUCCUUGCUGCCAUCCAACACGGGGAUCACGAGGCUGCUCAGAAGCUUUGCAAUCGGCUGCUCAAGGGCGACCUGAGUAGUGAGAGGGAGAGCAAUGAGAAGGCUGCAGCGAGAGGAGGGUUUUACGCAUUUCCACGUGACUGUUUGUGUCAAGUCUGA